AUGGAGCAGACAAAGGCCCUCAAUGCUCUCGAGCCCUUCCUGGCCCUCACCAAGUCCGCCAACUCGCCGAAGGCAGCCGCAGACCUCAUCACGCACGCGACGUCCGCCCAAGGCACCUACAUCUUCACAGAGCUCCUCGCCAGCCCGUCCAUCCAGGGCCUCGACAGCUCCCCCGACUACCAGCCCUACCUCACCCAGCUGCAGCUCUUCAGCAACGGCCUCUACUCCACAUACGCGUCAACGCCGAACCUCCCCGACCUCAACGACCGCCAGACGCUCAAGCUCCGCCAGCUGUCCCUCCUCACCCUCAGCCGUAACAAGGAGAACCUGACCUACCCGGCGCUGCAGCAGCACCUCGGCCUCGCCUCGCCCCGCGAGGUCGAGGACCUCGUCAUCUCAGCCGUCUACGCGGGCCUGCUCGACGCCAAGCUGAACCCCCUCCGCUCCGUCGUCCAGGUGUCCUCGGUCGCGCCCCUGCGGGACGUCCAGCCGGGCACCGUCCCCAGCAUCGUCGCCACCCUGCAGAACUGGAGCCAGCGCUGCGACGCCACGCUGGCCGAGAUCGAGGCAAACAUCGCCAACAUCAAGAGGGAGGCCGCGCGCAAGGCCAACGACAAGAGGGAGUGGGACAGGACCUUCCAGGCCGUCGUCAAGGCCGAGAGCAGCGAACCCACUGACCCGGCGGGCGGCAGCAUCAACGCGAACAGCACGCGUGGCGCCGGCCGGAGGCUGGGUGGUGGUGCGGCAGGGCGCACUGGCCUGCGAUCUGCUGGUGGCGGAAUACCAGCAGCCGGAGGAGGAGGCGGAGGGGGAGGCGGUUUUCAUGCUGCAGCAAGCAAUGCUGGCAGCGGUAGUAAGCGUGGCAUGGAGAAGUUGACGGAGGGCGUGGAGGAUGACGACGACGAGGCGAUGGAUCUGGAUGACAGUGCUGAUCCCACCGGUCAGAACCAGAAGAGGACGAGUCGGCGGAAGCUAUGA